AUGUCGGUAGAUAUCCUCUCCACACUUAGUUUUCUCAUCAAGCUGGGGUUAGAGAUCAAGGCCCGGCUCGACUCUCUCGACCAAGCUGCCGAAGACCUUGGAUUGUUGACCGCCAACCUUAGACUUUUGCAGGGGGUGUUUGAGAAUCCUGUGAAUGGGGACAUCGUCAAAGCCAAUUUAUCAGAAUUCGUCAGUAUCCUGGAUGUUCUGCAAAGCAUCGCAAAUUCGUGCAAAGAGUGCGCAAAGGCUCUGGACACAGACCUGGCUGGAGCGAAAUCCGCAGCGGAAAAGACCAAGAGAGUGUUCAAGCGUAUAUGGAAUUUCGGGAAGAUCCCCGAGCUUCUCGCUGAAAUUCAGCGCAAGGCCGAACAGCUCCAAAAGAUAUACAGCGCUGUGCAAGCUGUGCUUCUCCAAGACAUCAGGGCGCAACAGGAACGAGCGACUGGGAAGGAAAUUGUUAAAUCUACCCCCUCUGUGGGAAAUUCAGUUCUACAUGGACACUUACUCAGCCUAGACCUCAACACGGAUUUUGCUAGCAUCGACCAGCUGGUGGGAGGCCUCAUGGAAGAGUGCAAACAUCUUCAACAACGACUUCAAGAGACUAUUCUAUCUCCCGACACAUCGGCUGUUCAGCAGUAUCAAACGCUGAACCCAGAAGGAGCAUCUUUUUGGAGGGAUCGGUUCCAAAAAGAUGAACUUGGGGUCUCAGCUCUUCGCUACGAGACUUUAUACGUUUCAUGGGCACGCUUUUUACAUGAGGUCGAGACGUCCUUUAUUCUGAAAAAGAUACCCACUGGAAUUGCUGAAGUCGGAGAUAUCGACGUCCUUCGUAAACAAGGAUCUUGCUAUCGCGUCGACCAAGGCGGCAUGCGUCGUCUUUCCACCAUCCGGCCUCUCUGGCUUCCGGCUCUGCGGUUUGCUCUCGAUCCGCUGCAAAAGGGUUACGUCAAACCUCAGGACUAUUUUAAUCUCCUUCGCGACUCCUCAUUGUCCGACGCGCUAAGAAAGUUGGCCCUCGAGAAUUCAGGUUACGGUAUACUUGUCGAAUGUGAAAGGGAUUCCGGAGAUCUCGCCUUACCAGCAAUAAUCGAGUCCCCUGCUGAUCACGUCGGUUGGACCUCUGCCCAAAUUGUGGCCGUUCCAACAUCUGAAGAGCUAGGAAUAAUUACCGAGCGAGAUGUCUUGAAUUCAAACAGCAACUCUCUUUUCACUGCCUUGAAUGACACUUCUCAAGACGUUCGAGUUUAUGUUCGCUACCUCCAGACCGGCCAAAUCGAGAGGAAGAGUCUCUCGAGGCAAGUUCGUCCUGUAGGGGGGUUUUCUGUCGGCGCUGUAUUAUCUAUCCGGUAUGAGAUGGAAUCAGGUGGUUAUGCCUGGAGCAGCGACCUUCAUAUCACCGAGUUCAAAGCAUGCUACGGCGGACACUACGUUAUUACGGCGGGGGCGAGAACGAUUUCGAGUGCUGUUGUGUUUUCCACGAGGCCUCUCAAAAAUUCCUUCGACAGGAUGUUACGUGAUGACGACGACUGUUCAAGCUCCAGUAUACCUGAGCUGGACUGCGCGCUUCUGGGUUCAUCAAAAGUGUUCGCCAAUCCACCAAAAGUUGGCGAAAAGAUUCAGAUCGAGUACGAUGGAUUUUGGUACGAUGCGAGAGUCACGGAAGUGGACGGUGAGGAGAUAGAGUAUGUUGAUUGGGAGAAUCAGCCAAUGCAAGGCCUAAACGUUAUUACGGAAGUUCAAGAAGAUAGUCAAGGAGAUGAUACGGAUAGCGGUAGCUUUUUCUUUCCUGAUGAACAACUGACGCAGCUCGGAAAAGGUACGAGGCGGUUAUGGCGACCAUGGGCAAGAAACAGAACGAAUUACGACAUUCGACCAUAUCGUUGCUUCCAUAUCGGGGACACUAUCGAGGCACCCGUUAUGUACCCGGAUUUCCGAUUCCAUUACCAUGUUACCAACCGCUCGCAGCUCUAUUUUCCCGCCCGAAUCGUUGAUGUACAAGGAGACCAGUAUGUGGUCGAAUUCAGUCCGGCGCUUUCCGUUCAUGGUUGGUGGCUGGGGAGAAUGCCCAAGGGCGAACAAGUUGACCUAAUGCCAGGUUCAGGCAUCAAGGUAGAAAACCCGCUGGACUUUAAUCGGAUGACGAUAAGUAUGGAUCUGGUCCGUCCGUUCUCUGGGGGGCCACGGCCAGUUCUAGGGGCUCAAUCUGCGAAGCCAUCUGGUUGGAGUUCGUUCCAAGGCGUUCGUCUCUCCAAUCUUGAGCAGCUGUUAGAGGAGAGCCUAUGGGACAAUGACCAUCAUGGUCAGCGAGGCCAGUGA